CAUGAAGUUACUCAAGUGAGUUUUAGAAAAAUGGCUUUUAGUUACUCAAUGUGCCUAUCGAGCUUUUCAACGCUGGCAUUGUUACGAAAUCAUUUAAAACGGUACCACGAAUUUGAGGAUAACUUUCACGUUAUUUGUCAGUCACCACGUUUUGCAAGUAUUUAUUACACCUUCGAAGGCUACAAAGCUUCGUUUGCGCAGAAAGCAUGCAAAUAUAUUGAAAAUUUCAUUGAUGAGAAUUCUUUCCAAAAUGGUAAUCAUGAAAUAAAUAUGAGCAAAGACAAGGAAGAUCGCGAUAGUGAGCCAGGAAAAGUUAAUGGCAUUACUCAAGACGAUGAUUAUGGUGGUGCAAACAUCGAUAUAUGCCACAAAGAGGAGAAUAUCAGGAUGAUGAACGCCAGGUUUAUGUUAAAAACUAAAGAAAUGCAUAAACUAUCUCAAAAAGCAGUAGAUACUAUCGUCAGAAAUACUACUUCCUCCGUCCAAAAUUCCCUUGAAUUAGUGAAACGUCGGCUGUUAUCAUUGCUUGAAAAUGACGACAUGCCAGACGUCUGCCAAUUUCUGGAAAAUGUAUUCAUGGAGGAAAAUGUCGUGAUCAAUCCUUUCCUGAGAAUGGAAAGCAAAUGGCAACAAGAUAACUUUUUUAGAGAUGUUAUGGGAGUGGUUGAACCAAAACAAAGUGUUUUGGGAAUCACCCAUGUUCAGAAAAGAAUUGGUGUUGGAAGAAGAAAAGUCCUAAAAUAAGAUGAAGUCAUUGAAAUUCCUCUUCUUAAGAGCCUAGAGCAAAUGCUGCAAGAUCCAGCCAUAUUAGAUCAGGUUACUUAAACAUAAAUAAACUAGUGACAUAUACAGCAUGCUGUUCUAGAUGUAGCAGCUGACUGGCUUUUCUGCCCAAAGUUAUGUUUGUUCACAAAAUUUUUUCACCAUUUGGGUACUCAAAUGCUUCAGUUUUUUAACAAACUUAUUUCAAGAAUAUAAAUGAUAUAUAUACUUAUUUAGGUCUUGUUGCCAUUACUUGUUGCCAUUACUUGUUGCCACAAGAAACAAUGUUGUUAUACCUGUUUUAAGCAUGCAACUAAGGGAAAAUCAGUAUGAUUACCUCCAACAACAAGUUAACCCUCUUGAAGAUGAUGGGAAUAAUGGCAUUGAACAUUACUUGAAGACAGUUGAUAUUGUUGAGAGGUUUUUAGAGGCAAGGAUUAAUGUUGACGAAGUUUAAGAAAUGAAACAAAUAUAUUUUAAUAAAAUAAUGCAAGCCAAAAAUAAGCUCAUAGAUGAAAAAUUUAACAUUUUUUUAAAAACUGUCAGUU